CUACCUCUAUAUUAAUUCUUUAAAGCGACGAACAAACAACCUUCAUUAAACUAAAAACCCAAAGUAGAAAAAAGGGUAAUAAUCAAAAGGAACAAGAGAUUUGUCUUAUUUUCUACUACUACGAUUCAAAUAAUGUCUUCUGUGAAUGUGCGUUUUGUGCUCACUGGUGCCUGCUACGAGGCCUAUUCGGGCAAGCAAUUCCACCUCGACGUCCCCUUUCUCCAACCUGAUGGCUCCCGGGGCACUGUGGCUGAUCUAAGGGCGCAGGUCCGCAAUGAGUGGCCAAGCGACUUCCCCGAGAUGGCCGAAACGAUUAAAAGCAUCCAGAUGAAGUUCCUCAAAAUGGGCCGUCUGCUCAAAGACACUGAUAUUAUUGAGGAGCAAGUGAUGCCCAGCAGCCCAGCCACCGGCGAGGAUGCGGAGAACAGACCAAGCGACGCGAACGAGGGAGAGGGUGGUUCGUUGCUGCUACAUAUCGUUUUCCAAGAUCCUGAACGCUCCCUCCAGGCGUCGAAUUCAGAGAUCAAAGGUGAGUCGGCGACGUCAGAUCCGCAGCGGGGGGAUUCUCACCAAAGCGCCGGUGACCAGACUCGUGAGGCGAAGAGCAAUGGAUGUUGUCACGUGAUGUGAUUUUUAUUAAUUUGGUAGUUAAUUUUCGUAUGUCUAUUUAGUUUUUUUCCCUUUCCAAGUUUCAUUUAUAUACAUAAAAAAGCUUCAGAUUCAUUCUGGCAGUCAGUUUAAAGAAUUGGUCAAUGUGAGAGCGUCUCGCAGUUAUAUAUGGAAGUGAAGCUCAGAAAACUGAACUGUAGAGACAAGCUAAUCUGCCCUUUGUUGAAGGCAAGGCUCCCUUUAUUGUCGAUUUUUUGUGUGUUCGAAUGCAUCUAAAGCGAUAUUUUUACUGAAUUUGAGGUAUUUUUAUUCCACAAUGAGUAAGUUACAGAUAGUAACCGCUGCAAAAAAUGUAUGAUUGCACUGAAGCAAUUUAUAACAACAUCAGAAAGAGGAAGAUCAUUUUAUAUCUAUUUUUAUUAUAGUAUUGACUUUCUUUAUUGUGUCGUGGCAAAGAUAUAUGUAUUGCCAUUUGUGGAUGCUUUGAUGUAUUAAUUAUUUCAGGUAUAUUUUGCUUGUAUGCAUUAUUCGCAUAUUUAGGUAAAAUGUAUACCCUCCUCUCUUUCA